AGAAAGGGUUGUUCACGAUAUCAGAGCUGACAAGAAAGCGACAGUCGAGGAGUGGGCACAAAUCGUACGCCACAAAAGUUGUGAACAAGGUGAGAAGUAUGGUAAACGAUAAUGCGCCAGUAAGGAAAGUCGAACUGGAACAAAUGCGGCUUGUACUCGUACAGAAAUUAGAUACAAUUUCGAAGUUGGACGAUGAGAUUCAGAGCUUGUUGGAAAAGGAUGAAGAUAUUGCAGCAGGUAUUGAUGGCUCAUCGGAAUACGGCUGCGAAGUUUUGGGCGCGUUGGCCGAAAUCAACGAAGCGCGGAGCACGAUAGAGACAAACAAGCGAAAUGAGGAACUCGCCAAUACAUCGGCAAGUACGGUAUCUAGUGGAGCACGCUGUAGAGUAAAGCUGCCUAAACUAGAGGUGAAAAAGUUCUCGGGCAAGAUACAAGAUUGGCGUGAAUUCUGGGACUCUUUCGAAAGUUCAAUUCACAACAAUGACGGAUUGUCUGAGGUCGACAAAUUCACCUAUCUGAGGGGACUGGUGGAGGAGCCGGCCAAGUCAGCAAUUUCGGGAUUUGCUCUGACUUCGAUCAACUAUGCAGAAGCCCUGAAGGUGCUAGAACGGAGAUACGGGAGCAAUGUGAUGGUGCAAAGGGCACACGUAAAUGAAAUGAUGAACCUAAAGCCCGUGUACAACGAGAAUAAUACGACGAGGCUGCGCAAGUUCUUUGACGCCGUGGAAACAAAUUAUCGAGGACUCGAGGUGCUCGGUGUAAAGGAGGAGACGUACUGCGAGAUAGUCUUGCCCAAUCUUCUAACAAAAAUACCGGACUCAUUUAAACUGACGAUUACCAGGGGAAGAGACUACUUAGAGUGGGGCAUGAAAGAUUUUGUCGACGCGUUGCAAGUCGAAGUGGAGCUGCGGGAAUGCCACAAAUUAGCAGUUGGGGAGAAGGAAGAAGAUCAACGAAGAAGACGACGGGAACCAGGAACAGCUAGCGGGUUGUUUGCCAGCCGCAACAACCGAUUGUUUUGUGCUUUCUGCUGUGGGGAGCACAAACACGAGGAGUGCAAGAAGAUAACAGGACGGACAGAACGUAUGCAACUUCUUCGUUUAGCUGGAAAGAAUCUUGCCUCUGUCAUUUUAAAAUGCUUUAACGAGGAUGUUUUCUUCGACAUAAACGAUUGUCGUGGACAAGGUUACGAUGGUGCUGGUGCUGUUUCUGACCACAUAAACGGACUUGUUGCACAUAUUAUAACAAGAUGCUUCGUCGACCUUACUCUUCCUGUUACCCAAUUACUCCAAUCUUCUAGUAACGAUAUUGCAGAUGGUUUGCAUUUGAUAAUUCUUUAA